AUGGACAAAGAUUGCGACAUGGUAUAUAAGAACAUCUCUGACCUUUACAAAUCCGAAGAAUUUAAGACCUACGACAACUUUGUUUCGUUAGUUGCAAAAUGUGUUUGGGAAAUAAGAGAUAAAGAUAGUAGGGGUAAGGUAUGGAACGAACAAAUAAAACCCGCUAUGUUUGAGAUGAAGAAAACCAUUGACGCCUUGGUUGUUUUAGCAGGUAAGGUUUCAGAAUAUAACGCAAAAAUGAACCCGCAAUGUUCAAAAUGUAAAGCAGCAAUGAGGAAAUAUAACUACUCCGUCAAAGAGAUAGAACGUAUGCGAAACGACUAUGCAGAUUUAAAGAAAGAAGCAGAAAAACCAGCAGAAGAUAAAAUGAACAUGUUAGAAUUUCUGAACAAAAACUAUCCAACAGCAGAAGAUUUCCUUCUAUCUGACGUCAAGAAGAAAUAUAAAGAAACCUUCGGUAUCGUUAAAACUUUUGACAUACUAAAAGAAGAAAUAGAAGCUACGAAAUUGUUUAGAGUCAUGAACCAUCGCAACAUAUACCAUGUAAAACGCUUGUAA